GAUAAUGUGUUUCAUUUGAGGACCGAAGGAACACUCUUACUUCAAGACUGGAAGCUUAAUUCAAUCGAAGUUCUUAUAGGAGCUUUUUUCGUCACAGUUCUAGUUGCUGCUCUGUACGAGGGCCUCAAAAUAUUCAGGCAAUGGCUGGUUUGCAGACCUCUCCGUCUCUUAUUCAAAGACAUCUGUCAUUCAACGUCAACAAGUUUAGAUGUUACAGAUCCUGAGGACGCAUGUAGCAAUAAAGAAACCCUACAACAACUAUUUGUUAGAUUCCCGAACAGGAGCCAAAGAUGGAGAAUUAAAAUUCACACAUUGCAGGCGUGUCUUCACACGCUACAAGUGCUAGUGGGAUAUGUGCUGAUGUUAAUAGUUAUGACGUAUAAUGUUUGGCUUGGGGUUGCAGUGGUUGCUGGGGCAGGAGUUGGGUAUAUGGCUUUCUCAGCUAUUUUCCCCGAUGACUUGAGGCUCCGAAAGAUUGAAGACCAUGAAAAAGCUUUAGAUCUAAAUGAGCUUUCAUGUCAAAGAAAUCUUUUGUCACAGUAAUAAAGGAAAUGCGCCUUACUCGUUUGACAUUCACUUUAC